GGCGGUGGCACUGUCACCGGAUCAAGAGUUGGCGACAAAGGCGUUUCUAGACGCGCUAAGCGAGUCGGGCGCGGGGUGCGUGUCUCGCGCGACUGCGCUCAAGUUUCUAUUGGCUCGCAAGUUUGACGUCGCCCGCGCGCACACGCUAUGGCGGCAACACGACGCGACGCGACGCCGCGAGGGACUCGUCAAGUUCGAGCCCUUCGAGGACCCACUCAAGUCGGAGCUUGAGACGGGGAAGUUUACCAUAUUGCCCAGUCGAGAUGCCACAGGAGCGGCCAUCGCGGUGUUCACAGCCAACAAACAUUUCCCCACUCAAACCACGCAUCAGACUACGUUACAGGGUGUGGUGUACCAGCUGGACGUGGCGCUUCAGUCCGUGGAGACGCAGCGCGCAGGCCUGGUCUUCAUCUACGACAUGACCGACUCCAAGUACACCAACUUCGACUACGACCUCUCGCAGAAGAUACUCACCAUGCUCAAGGGCGGCUACCCGGCAAAGUUAAAGAAGGUGUUGAUAGUAACGGCGCCGCUGUGGUUCAAAGCGCCCUUUCGCAUUCUCCGGCUGUUUGUGAGGGAGAAGUUACGAGAGCGCGUGCACACCGUGAGCGCACCGCAGCUGGGCUUGCACGUGCCGAGAGCCAGCCUGCCGAAACAACUCGGUGGACAGUUGGAGCCGGACCACGCAGCCUGGUUGGAACACUGCAGAAAUUGUUACACGAACAAUCUUCAAACUUCAAAAUUGGGUGAAGUCAUAGACGACUAUGUCAUAAGCAACCACAUACCACCGAUAAAACCACAAAAUGGUAUGAUAGACCAGUCGGUGACGCGGGACAUGACAAGCGACCGGGUGACGCGGCAUAAGGACGCUGACGACAUCAUGCACAUAUCCGGGGAGCUGCCUUACACCUGCGACCCCAGCCCGCUGCGACAUACACACGGCUACAAUGGAGACGUGAAAGGCAAUCAUGUACAUUCGGGUGACGAAGAUGAAAUAGAUUUAAUAAGUCGCGGCGGUCGCGGUGCCUGGUCGUCGGGCGAGGUGUCCCCCGGGCUGUCGGACGAGGAGGGCGGCGGCGGCGGCCCGGGCGAGACCCCGGCCGCCCUGCUGGCCCGCCUCCAGCGACUGGGGCGCCGCGGACUGGUCGACGAGUACGAGAUGAUCCGCGCGCGGCCGCCGCACGGGACCUUCCACCACGCCAAACUGGCCACCAACCUCUCCAAGAACCGGUACACGGACGUGCUGUGUUACGACCACUCGCGCGUCGUGCUCUCGCAGACGGAUCCCGACGACCCCACCACAGACUACAUCAACGCCAAUUACGUCGAUGGCUACAAACAGAAGAACGCAUUUAUAUGUACCCAGGGUCCGCUUCCGAAAACGUUUGGCGAUUUCUGGCGCAUGGUGUGGGAGCAGGGCAGCGUGGUGGUGGUGAUGACGACACGGACAGUGGAGCGAGGCCGGGUCAAGUGUGGGCAGUACUGGCCGGCGGAGGGCGUCACCGACACGCACGGGGCCUUCGCCGUCACCACCGACCACGUGCAGCACGCCGACGACUACAGCGUGGCGCAGCUGCGGCUGACGGACCUGCGGUCGCAGCAGGCCCGGCGCGUGCUGCACGCCCAGUACUCUCGCUGGCCCGACUACGGCGUGCCGGGCGGCGGCCGCGCGGCGCCCGUGCUGCGGUUCCUGUCGCUCGUGCGGCGCGCGCAGGAGACCGCCACCGCGCAAUUGGGUGAUGCUUGGGCUGGCCACAGUAGAGGACCUCCUAUUGUAGUACAUUGUUCUGCUGGGAUAGGACGAACUGGCACGUUCCUCACACUGGACACGUGCACGCAGCGGCUGGCGGCGGAGGGCGUGGCCGACGUGCGCGGGACCGUCGAGCACAUCCGCUCACAGCGGGCGCACUCCAUACAGAUGCCGGAGCAGUACGUGUUCUGUCAUCUGGCGCUGCUGGAGUACGCGGUGAUGCAAGGAUACCUAGAGAAUGUUGAUCUCUCAGGAUUCGAGGAUGACAACGAGGAGGAGUCGGAAUGAAGACUGUCGCGUCACGCCUGCGUGCUGCUCUGAAGGAAGGACACACAAACAAAUAUAUGCAUAUUCAUGUGUACAGUAUUUAGCCACUGAUGUACAUAUUCGAUACCUAUAUCUGAAAAUGUGCUGAACUUGGAAAUUGAUCAUAUUCAGAAAUGGAAUAUAUUCGUAUUCAAAUUCUGGUAAAAAUACUUAUGCGUCAGGAUAAUGGGCUCACAAAACUUCCAAACUAAACCUACAGAUGAACCCGUCCGUCCAUUCAUAUAUGCUUGAAAUUACAGCAUAAAUAAUAAAACAUGAUGGCUACUGAAAAGAAAUGAAAUGCUGUAUACUAUUGAAAAAAUUGUGUUUUAGAAAGCAAAGAUUGUGUUGUGAUGAAAUAUGAAUUGUUUUUGUGUGUGAUCAGUGGUGGCAGCGAUAGACCAAAGAUCGGAGACAGUGUGAAUAAUGUUGUUAGUAAAAGCACAACAGACUGUGUAAUGUAUCUUACCUUCCACAUAUUACAAUCACAGAGAGAUCAUUUGGAUAUAUAUAGUAUUAUAGUACAAAGGAUUUAACUUAUCAGUUACUUUUUGCUGUAAAUACUUGUGCUGUCUUAUUAAUAAACGCAAAGUAAAGUUAUUCCAAGUUUAAGACUUUUUCUUUAUCUUACCUUUGUCACUACAGAAUUACAUGACAUGGAAAAUUAAUUUUAAACUUGAAAUACCUUUUCAUUCUGUUUAUUGAUAAGACAGUUUAAGAUUGAGGCUGUAUAUGUUUAAAAUUAAAAUUUUUGUGUGUCACACUAACUAUUACAUACAAUUGCUUCUGAAGUGAAGUGAAUUUAUUAGUUUCAUUUUUAUAUAUAAACUAGGUAUUCGUAGUAUACAUAUAGAUGUGGAUACUGUCCUUGUAGUAUGUGGCAAGGACUGAUUGAGGAUUGGUAUGGAGAAACGACAGAAAUAUGAUGUUUUAUACACUAUAACUAUUGUAAGGUAAACACUGUCCACAUGUAUUAUCGUGUUGUCAAACACGUACAGAAUAUAGAAAUUUAAGAGUACAUUAUCUGAAUUUACUGUAAACAUUAAACGUUCCUGCUGUCUCUGUAAUAACUGGGAGAUGAUUGUUGAGUGUCAAAAGCUGGCUUCCAAAGAGAAGUGGUCGAGAAUAAUUGGCACAAAUGACUUAUUGUCACUGUAAGAUUUGCAAGAACUUAAUAAUAAAAUACGUACAAAACAGUUCAUGCAUAAACGAUUGUUACGAAUUAUUGUUUAAUACAAUAAUUAUUCUCACUGACUUAUCUUUGAAUUUGAGCACUUGAGUCUCAAAAAUCACACUUGUAUUUAAAUUCUGUAUAAUUUUCUUAUCUGUAUGUAUUUUCUUUAAAUAGUCCAUUUAUUUGUAGUGGUUAAAUAACCUCCAAAUUUCAUGAUAAGUUUAUUUAUAUUUGUGUAAGAAGUAUGGCUGUGUAAUAAUUCUUCUAUAAUUGUGUUGUAUCCCCUAUUUAUUGAUGUUGUUAUCGUAAAUAUAUUUAUGGGUUUGGUGAUGAUUUGUUUGUAUUAAUUAUUAAUUGAUCACAAACUUGUCAACUUAGAAUGUGUUUGUAAAUACAACUCAAUAUCCAAACAUACUUAAUUAUAAUCACUGAUAGACUGAGUAUUUAUUAAUUUGAUCUGUGAACAUAGACACCAAUUAGCUUUUUUAUGCAUGUCUCAUUUAAUAUAGAAGGAAUCUGGCCAUUUCUCCAUGUUCUAGCAGAGCUGCUUUGUAAAAUAUCCACAAACCAAUAACAGAAUACUAAAAAAUACUUGUGACACCCACACUCAUAUAAUAAAAAUACAUAUUGGAAGACCCAAUGAUGUAUAGUCUAAUGUUUUUUAAACUUAUUUUUUUCUUUUUAUAAUUGCUUGCAUGGUUAUAGUUUGUGCUAGUAUGGAGUUAUGGGUAGAAUCUAAAAAAAAUCUUGUGUAUAAAUUAUAUGAGCUAUAAUAUAAAUAGAACAGUGCAGAGUAUUUGUAGAACACAAAGAGUAAAUUUAUUUUUCAAAUAAAGAAUGUAAGCGACAUAUCUAUGAUCAUAAAUAAACAUUUGUAUGGCCGUCCCACAAGACAAGCUAAAUACAUAUCUUGUAGACGCAAACUAAAUUAUUCUUAAAAGUAGAGGAGUUUAUUUUUUCAUCAAACCAAUGUUCGAUCUUUUAUAUUUUGUAAUUAUCACAAAUGUCGCAACAUGUAUGGAUCUAACAAAUGAGAAUAUAGUUACUCUUUUUGUUAUUUGAGCCCUUUUUACUUAUGAAUUUAACUAGAACAUUGAAGCUGAGUUUGGAUAGUACUUUUAUAUUUAUGAAAAUUACUUGGUAUUUAAUACAGUGUAACAAAACAAUUGGCUUGAAACUUAAACAAUUUUUAAAGGUAAUUGCGGAAUAUUUCUCAAAGACUAUCUUCUUAAUUAAUGGGAGUAAUACUGAUAACAUAAAAUGAAUCAAAUUUAUCCGUCAACUAUAAUGCAUGAAAAGAAUGCAAUAAACUAGUUUAUACUUUAUUGUAUUAAUUUAACAAAAUUUAAUCAAGGCAUUGAUAAAGUAUUGUUUGUCGCUUAGAUAAUAUUUUAUAUAUCUAGAUAGUCUCUUGCUGUGAGACAACCGAAAAGACAGGCCAGGAACAUUAGUUUUGUAUGCGUGAUAAGCUAUGUUUUACACUCGCGAUUUGUAUGAUACUUGGUAUUCGUGAGCAUACAUUGCUCAAAAUAGAGGUUAGUUCUAAAGUCAGUUUUUUUUCGACGUUUUCACAGCUGUCAUAGUCUAUCUAGAUGUAUAAAUGAUCUAAGGUUUGAUGUUUACACUAACAUACAUACAACAUAAAAGUAUUAAUUUGAGCUUGUUUAAUACUUACCAAAACAAAGGUAAGGUUUCAUCAAAUUGUAUUAUUGAAAAGUAUUUUUACAUUAUGCAACUGAAAAACAACAUAAUAUUAUUAAACUCUUGAAUGAAUUAUUAUACAUAAAUUGAAGAAAAAGAACUUGUAAAAUAAAAUACCUUGGUGUAAAUGAGAGGAUAAUGGUUUUACUUUGACAUCAUUAUGUAUUAUUAUAGUUUAUGAUACGAUAUUUUUGUCAUUUAUGUAAUUGAAAUGUGUUUUAUUGAAAUUGUUUAAUAGUAAGUAAAAUUGUUAAAACUGAAUAUGCCUGUUGAUUCUUGUAAAUGUAAAUAUUCUAUUCAUUUCAUUUAAGAUCUAAAUUAAACUACAUUGUGAAAUAUGUGUGAAAUAAAUAAAAUACUUGUAAUAUAUGGA